AUGAGCCACCUGCGCGCGCCGAGUGCGCCCAAUGCCUGGGCCGGCAGCGGCAGGGAUUUGGGGCCGCCGCCGCAUCUGGAAGGCCACCUCCUCUUGGGAGAAGAGGCGGCGGCGUCAAGUCGUGGCGGCACCUUCCCUGCCCCCUGGUUGGGCAUUUGCUGCCCUGGCCGCCUCUCCUCAUCGCCCAGGUAUCUGCUUUCGGGUACACCUGAGGGAGAUGAAGAGGAGGAGGAGGAGGAGGAAGACGAAGAAGAAGAGGAGGAGGAAGAUGAGGAGCUCCUGAGGGCCGGUGGCCCCCCGGGCUCCCAGACGAACGGCGUGCAGCGGCAGAGGCGGCUGGCGGCCAACGCUCGCGAGCGGCGCCGGAUGCACGGGCUGAACCACGCUUUCGACCAGCUGCGCAACGUCAUCCCCUCCUUUAACAACGACAAGAAGCUCUCCAAGUACGAGACGCUGCAGAUGGCGCAGAUCUACAUCAGCGCCUUAGCCGAGCUCCUGCACAGCCCGCUGCCGCCCGAGAGCGCCCCCUGCGGCAAGGGCCCUUCCCUUCCGCCUGCCGCCCAGACUUACGAGCGCUCGCCUUGUACCCCUCCGGGAGGGGGCGCUCUGCAGCCCCGGGCCCAGAUCGCGGGCCCCGGCAGGACGCGUUUCCCCCUAGAAUCGCCUGCGGGGACAGGAGGGGGCUACUCCUUGCAGCCAGAUCCGCUGCAUUUCCCUUCCUUCACGGACGGCGCCCUCCUGGGGCAAAAAGCCCCCUCGCCAGGCCAGCUUCUCCAGCCGCCUGGCCAGCAGCUCCCCGAGCGGAGAAAAACCUCGCCUCCAGCCCACCGCAGCGACGGGGAGUUCUCGCCUCGAUCGCAUUACAGUGACUCGGAUGAAGCCAGCUAA